UAGAUUUCUCCACCUUUAGCAAGAUCAACGAGAAGACUCCUCCUGCAUGUAGAGCAACCCGAGCAGGAGCGUAACCGAGUGGCGUAAGAACGUGAAAGGAAAGCCGUGAACGUCUGCGCAUUCCUGUCCUGAGCCAUUCUAGAUGCGGGAAAAAAUGCUUUCAGAAAGCAGUUCGUUUUUGAAGGGUGUGAUGCUCGGAAGCAUUUUCUGUGUCUUGAUCACUAUGCUAGGACAUGUUAGGAUUGGUCAUGGAAAUAGAAUGCACCACCAUGAGCACCAUCACCUACAAGCUCCUAACAAAGAAGAUAUCUUGAAAAUUUCAGAGGAUGAACGCAUGGAGCUUAGUAAGAGCUUUCAGGUAUAUUGCAUCAUCCUUGUAAAACCCAAAGAUGUGAGUCUUUGGGCUGCAGUGAAGGAGACUUGGACCAAACACUGUGACAAAGCCGAGUUCUUCAGUUCUGAAAAUGUUAAAGUGUUUGAAUCAAUUAAUAUGGAAACAAAUGAUAUAUGGUUGAUGAUGAGGAAAGCUUACAAAUAUGCCUUUGAUAAGUAUAAAGAGCAAUACCACUGGUUCUUCCUGGCACGUCCCACUACAUUUGCUAUUAUUGAAAACCUAAAGUAUUUUUUGUUAAAAAAGGAUCCAUCACAACCUUUCUAUCUAGGCCACACUAUAAAAUCUGGAGACCUUGAAUAUGUCAGUGUGGAAGGAGGAAUAGUCUUAAGUAUAGAAUCAAUGAAAAGACUUGAUAGCCUUCUCAAUAUUCCUGAAAAGUGUCCUGAGCAGGGAGGAAUGAUUUGGAAGAUAUCUGAAGAUAAGCAGCUAGCAGUCUGCCUGAAAUAUGCUGGAGUGUUUGCAGAAAAUGCAGAAGAUGCUGAUGGAAAAGAUGUAUUUAAUACUAAAUCUGUUGGGCUUUUUAUUAAAGAGGCAAAGACUAAUCACCCAAACCAGGUAGUAGAAGGAUGUUGUUCAGAUAUGGCUGUUACUUUUAAUGGACUAACUCCUAAUCAGAUGCAUGUGAUGAUGUAUGGGGUAUACCGACUUAGAGCAUUUGGACAUGUUUUCAAUGAUGCAUUGGUUUUCUUACCUCCAAAUGGUUCUGAUAAUGACUAAGACAUGGAGUAACAAGAGCCAUGCAUUUGGUCAUCAUAUUUGCUCUCAUUUGUGGUAACAAUUACAUAUCCAAUACUGGGAUGUUUCUGUUUUCCUUGUCUAAUCUGGAGACACUGGUAUAAUCAUGCAUUAAAGUUUACUAUUAUAUCUUUAAA